AUUUGUUCAAAAACUGUAAGCCAUGAAAGCAGAAACAAUUUCCAUCUUGGUCGCCAUAGCAACCCCCGUGCUCAGCAGAGUACUUGGAACAUAAAUGGGUGCCUAAUAAAUGUAUCAUGAGUGACUGACUGCUGCCUCAUCACCUGCACCUCUUAUGCAAUGACGGACUCGUUCAUGAAAAUGCCCCUAAGAUUUCAGUACAGGAAGAGCUGCUUCAGCUCAGAACCCCAUCAGGAAGUUCCUCUUCCUAGGAAAGAGGGGAAGGCAACUUGUGCUCUCUGAUCACCGCAGCACAGAGAUGACAGGAACAGCUGGCCGGAGAAUAAGGUCAGGAAGGGCAGAGUUGAGGGCAGACAGAGUCAGUGACACAGCACAUAGUGUCCCCAGUGCUAACAAGACAGAACGCUCCAGAACCACAGCCACCCGGGGCUCAUGAGUGACACAUGCCGGACAGGUCAGCAACCUUAGAAAGCCCCUGCCUAGGCCUUGGUGCUCCAGCAAAGGCUGAGUAAUGAUGUUUACUGAGCAAAUGAGUCAGAAUGAAGAGGACGUAACCAUCUGAGGUUGGAGCAAGAAGGAACAAGAACAGUGUGGGACACUUGAGAGCCCCUCAGCAGGACCUGACAGAACAGAUAAUGGCCCAGGCCAGACUGAGGCUGUUCUCAAUGAAGCCUCCCCAGCUCUGUAGUCUGAGAACCAGGAGUAGGUGCCAGAAUCCUAUUGUGUACACUGCACAGUGUGGGGCAGAGAUCCACAUCCAAGAUAACCAGGACUUUUUGAUGACUUUGCAAACCAGUCAACAAUUCAGCACAAAGGCAUGAGGAAUCACGCUGGCAUGUUGUGACUGAACCACACAAUUACAUAGGAUGCAUCCCAUUCUGAAAAUGCCCAGACAGCAAAUGGCAGAGGUGAAUGGAAUCAAACGUCAGAGCCAGCACAGUUUGAGGGAGAUUUGAAACUCAGACUCCACCAUCCAGGGGGAAGUUUUCCUGCUGUGCCAUGGACUAAAGGUGACAGAAAAUGACAGCAAGACUUCUAGGAACGCUGCUGAUUGUGCUGUUCCUUGGUCUCUUUGGGAUCCUGGAGGCAACAAAAAUAUCAUGUAGAAAUGAAGACGGUGAGGCUGUGGAUUGGUUUACCUUUUAUAAGUUGCCCAAAAGGCAAGAUGAGGAAAGCAGAGAGACUGGGUUAGAGUACCUUUACCUAGACUCUACAACCAGAAGCUGGAGCAGGAGUAAGCAACUAAUGAAUGCCACCAAGAGUGUUUUGGGAAGGACAUUACAACAACUAUAUGCAGCAUCUGCCUCCAAGAAUAACAGCACAGCCUAUCUAAUAUACAAUGAUGGAGUCCCUAAAUCCGUGAAUUACAGCAGAAAGUAUGGACACAGCAAAGGUGUACUUCUGUGGAACAGAGUCCAGGGGUUCUGGUUGAUUCAUUCCAUUCCCCAUUUUCCUCCAGUUCCUGAAGAAGGCUAUGAUUAUCCACCCACAGGGAGACGAAAUGGACAAACUGGCAUCUGCAUAACUUUCAAGUACAACCAGUAUGAAGCAAUAGACUCUCAGCUCUUGGUCUACAACCCAAAUAUUUACAGCUGCUCCAUCCCUGUAACCUUUCACAUGGAACUCAUCCACAUGCCCCAGCUGUGUGCUGGAUCCAGCUCCUCAAAGAUCCCAGGCCAGCACCUGGCCACACUUCAGUCAGCCCAGGGACAAAAAUUCCUCAAUUUUGCAAAGUCUGAUUCUUUUCUUGACGACAUAUUUGCAGCCUGGAUGGCUCAACAGUUGAAGACACACUUGCUAACAGAAACCUGGCAGCGAAAGAGACAAGAGCUUCCUUCAAACUGCUCCCUUCCUCACCAUGUCUACAAUAUCAGAGCAAUUAAGAUAUCUAGACACUCUUAUUUCAGCUCUUAUCAGGAUCAUGCCAAAUGGUGUAUUUCCCACAAGGGCACCAAAAAUCGCUGGACAUGUAUUGGAGACCUAAAUCGGAGUCCAUACCAAGCCUUCAGAAGUGGUGGAUUCAUCUGUACCCAGAAUCAGCACAUUUACCGAGCAUUUCAAGGAUUAGUUUUAUAUUAUGAGAAUUGUAACUAAACUUGGUGAAAGGACAUAUGUGCUAUCAUUUUCAACACUGAUAAGGGGUCUUCUUCUACUAAAUUCAUUCUUCAUAUAUUAAAAACCUGUGAAUUUA